AUGCAAGUCAGAGGCAACAGAGCACAAGCGCUGAUCCGCCUUAUCAUCAAUGGUGCCGGGGCUGAUUCAGCUUUACUGUGUGCGAUGUGUCUCCCGCGCACCUCUCUUUCGGACUUAUCCAACAGCCUUCACCAGCCUCUUUGUACAUGGCUGGCGUCCGAAGGACUGAAGCUCGAUGAAUCCGCUCUGCAGCUUUUUGAUAUAAACGUGAGAGAAGCAUUUGGGGUUGCAAAUCAGUGCGUGAAGAUUACAGAUCCUCCUAUCUCAUCGUCUCCGAUCACUGGACAAUCGCGGCGACUAGAAAACACCUCGAACGAGCAACCUUCAACGGCACCACAAGCUACUACUGUGGCGCAGGUUUAUGGUGAAGCCUCCACGCCCGAGCAUGUGGCUACAUGUGUCAUCGAAGAGACGGGGGCAAAGGGUCAGAAAGACCAAGACCGUGCCCAGUUACCAGAAUGGAUGUGUAAGUCCCAGUCGCUCCACUACACGGCCUAA